CAACAGAUCGCUGCAAAUUAUACUUAAUUCUCAAAUUAAGAAUAAAUCUGCAAUAUUGUAAAGAUUAAAGUAAAUGCUACAAAGAGUUUUUAUUCUUUUAAAAUCAUGUCAAAUCUGUGGUGUUCUGUAGAAUAGAUCCAUUUCCAAGAUGGCAGCGACCAUGACAAACUUUUAUUCGAUGAAGUUUUUGGACAAUAAAAGCGGUGUGUGGGCAGUUUCAAAUGAGAAGUCGGUGUUUUUAGCUCUAUACGAAGAUGUAGAAAACUGCAAAGAACUGAAACAAAUGGCUGUCGAUGGAAAAAUAGACGGAAUAUUGAUAAAUCCAGCCAUGAUCAUCCAUCCAUUCCAAGUGUUGAUGGCCGCAAGGAAAGCAACCCACAACAUGUCGGUCAACAAAAUGACAACUAAGAAAUUCCAGACAGAAGUUCUCUACUCGCUCUCAGCCAACAAGAAUAUAACUGACUCCCUGAUAAAGUUUGGUAUCACCGAUCAACAGAGGAGCAUCCUGCUCGCUGUUAUGUCAUCUCCCGACACCGUAGCAGAAGAUGGUGAAAAACUAGGACAGGUUAUUCAAGGCAGAAAGACUGAUUUGAGCUCCAUUGGGAAAUAUACAGAUGAAAAAUUGAUAAAAAAGGUCUAUAAAGUGAAAGAUCCAGAACUAGAGGUCGGUCUUUUAUUGGAUGCUGUAAUAGGACGAAUAGCCAGCAAAGAUUUUGUUUCAUUUUGAUAGACAUACUGUUGGACACCUAACAGGUGACUUUGAAGAAGUGCUGUCAUUGGCAGACAAGCUAGGACAGACAUUGCCACAGAAAGUGCAGGCGACAGUGCUGUCUUUGGAAGGCUUUGUCUUGUAUUGAAACACUGCUGUCUUGAGGACAGGUUGUGACUAAUCCUACCGUCCUUUGUGACUUUCAAUGAGGAGAUCUUCACUAGAAUGACACCAUUAUGUUCUGACGCAACAACAUAAAAAGAGUUGAACAGGUGUUGUGACAUCCUGACUAACCAGUUUGUUUUGUAUCGGCUGAAUGAUAAGAUUCUGGUCGAGAUGGUCUUGUGACAUGUUCAUGAUCUUUCCUUAUCUUUGACAAGUGGGAACGCUGAUACUCAGUUAUAUUGUAUCAAUAAAAAUCAUACCUUGAUAAAACACAUGCAUCAUAGUUAAUCUGUGUCUUUAAUCCCAUAGGAA